UUUACUACCAUUCCCAUCAUGGAGGUCAACAAGACACGGCCCUUCUUGUCACUCUCCUUUCCAACCCUCUAUCCCACCGGUGAGGGUGAUUGGAUCUCACCACGUUCUCGGCACGUGAGGUUUGAAGUCUAUGUUCGUAAUUUCCUGACACACUCAGACAAGCGAUUCGCUCAGCAUCCACAAUGGCUGUUCUACGUAUUCAACAUCUUGAUGAAUCGUCAAAUCAACACCAGGAGCACCUACCUUGGCAAGGAGAUCGCUGGAGCUCUUACCGAGGAUGAGCUCCGCCAGAGAAAAAAGCUUUGGGCGAUGGUAAACUUGAUUGGUGACCCCAACUUGUUUGUCACCUUGUCAUCCAACCUUCUCGAGUGGACUGAUCUACAUGCGGUCCUUCCUGGUUUCAUAUUUGGACACCCUCAUACCCGGCAGGAGAUUCAAGACAUGGUCGACUCCAACCCGGCAAUUGUCACUCGCUACAUCAUGACUCGUCAGAGCACCUUCUUCGAGCAAGUUCUCAAACCUUUGUUCGAUGUCGAGGAUUGGUGG